AGUGAAAACGUCCCCACCCCAUAGUUGUAAUUACAAAACAUGAACACACUUCUUCUAUCGUUCCAGGUGUGUGUUGUUCCAGUUGAGUUUUUUACUUGAGCACGAAAAAGCUUUUCCUCGGAGCCUUGAGCGCUAGCCUAAACCACAAGCAACGCUUGCAGCCUAUCGAUAUGCGACUGAAACUGAAAGUGUUUGUCAUGCGGAGCCCCAUGAGGAGCAUUUUCUGAUCGUGUUUUGGAAUUUGUCAUGCUGCAAUCAGCAUGAUAUACUAGGUCUCUUAUGCUGCUGAACUACCUCAAACAGCACUACACUACGAGUCUAAAUUUGUCAUGCGAAACAGCCAAAACUUUUGGAUUUGUCUUGCCGAUUCCCCAUCUUGACUAUGGGGUGGGGACGUUUUUACAUAGGAUAAUUCGCGGCAGCGAUCGCAGAUCAUGUUCCAGGCCCGGGCGCUCGUCGGACUUCGCGGGCGGAGAAGGAGUUAUUCUCGGGGAUCAUGACCAUCAAGCCGAAGCCGUUGCGCUGGCCGGUGAGUUUGUUUAAAUAAAACACGGAUGAAUAUAAUCUUCAUAUAUACAUUUUGUGGGUUUAUUUCCAUUUCGUAUUUAUUUUCGUUCUCUGUUAGCCUGAGAAACCCUAAGAAAAGAAACGAAAUCAGUACAAAACUCAACCACAUACUAAAAAUUAGGCCUGGACGGCGCGAGGAGCAGUCCGAAUGACGAUGGCACGACCGCAGGUCUGCUCGGGCGGUAUCGUAAGAAAAAACUGUUUCACUGUAAGGAUUUUGCAAGUUUUGCAUUACAAGUUCGCUACACAUCACAAAGAAAACUUGCCAUGCAAGGAUCCUAAGGGAAAACACCGCUAAAAAUCAUUUGUCUCGCAUGUGUAGCAAUACAAACACUUCAGUGAUGCACUUUCUGCAUCACAAGUUCACAGUGAAACAGUUUUUUUUUGUGAUAGGCGGAUAUCUACGAGUAGUAUCCUGACCAGCGGCUCGGGUCGUUCUUGUGAAGACCCACCGGAAGCAGAGCAGGGCCGCAUCCCCGUGGCGCCGAGAAACACGGCUGUGCAGCAGGGUGCCGCCUUCGCCUUAUCUACGAAUACGUUGUGUAGUAGUACUACGCUGCGGAUGAAUAACAUUAACAGCUGCCACAACUACGCCACGGCUUGCAGCAGCAGGAGCUGUGCCGGCGCGACGCUCGUAGACUGCUCCGGCGGAGUAUCGCAAGAAAAAAGUGUUACAGUUACACAUUGUGUUGCAGGCCAAGCAAGACAGACAAGCUCUGUCAUGCCGGAUAUGCAUAGGAGCCUCGUUUCAUACGUGUUUUCCCGUAGGAUUUCUGCAUUACAAGUUUUCUCUCUCAUGCAGAGAAAUUUGUGUUGCUGAAUUGACUACAAAUGUGUAACUGUAACACUUUUUUCGUGGGAUACGGAGGUGGGCGUGGACCUGCACAAUCACAUCUUCCAGGAUCUUCAUGCAGUAUCACCGUCCCACCCGAGCCUACCAGUCCGGAUGUCAUCAAUAUGGUGGAGCAGCUCAACCGCCGGCUGAAAACGUUUCUGCACGAAGCCGCAAACGAAGAGGAGGACAGUGCGCUCGCGGAAAAUCUGCGCGAGAUCGCCGGGGCCGCGCCAAGAACCGGGGAGGCCGGCGAAGAUCAUGCGUUCUUGUCCGCCAGGAAGAACACUACCGGCGGGCGUGAGCAGCAGGAUUUGGAGGUCGGUUGUCCCGGAAGUAAGAACAAUUCCUCUUCGACCACAGGCAAGAUUGUAGCAGACGCAGGCUCCUGCUCUUCAUCUUCUGUAGUGGCAAAAACAAGCACACAUGAAAGAAUCAAUCGCGACAAGUUGGAAGAAAAGUUGACGCAGCUCGAACGAGAAAACCGCGAACUUGCGAACGAAAACGCGAGGCUGCUGCGCGACCAGCGACUUGUGAUACAGGUGAACAAUUCAAACAUGAACAACUGCGAACAAUAUCAGGUUGUUUCCUCCUCGCACACGACUACCACCAGCGCAAACUACAACACACUUCUUAUCCUGUGUGAAAAUGUCCCCGCCCCAUAGUUAAAUUGGGAUCUCUGCAACACAGAUCCUGGAGUUUUGGACGCCACGCAUGACAAGUUGCAGCCCGUAGUGUCGUGCAGGUUAGCAAGGACAGCCGGAUUACAAAUCGAGAUGCGUAUCCUGCUUACAGCAUUACAAAUUCCAAAACACGACUGGAAAUGCCCAUCAUCGGGAUGCGCAUCACAAAUGUUCUUGUCAUUGCAAAUCUGCAUGACAACGCUGGGGUGGGGAUGUUUUUACAUAGGAUACUCCUUCCUGCCUCCAACGGUGCGCUCUACAUUCGGACGCCGCGAUAUGGAAGCGUCAGGAUUGAAAUCGACAAAGUUGAAAUAAUUUCUCAUGCAUGAAUUGCAAGGCGUGCGCUUUCUCUCUUGCUGGGAUGGCAAGUGAGGCCGACGGUCAGCCUGUUUGGGGUCUGCGAUAGAGCUUCUCAAGUAGCAUGACAGAAGACGGCUUCUGUCCCUAAACGGCAUGACAAACUGGAUUUAGAAGGUGCCGAAAUUUGUCAUGCACCGCUUAGAAAUUCAAAUUGGGCUUCCAACUGGUAUCCUCGAUUUUAUGCAUUACAAACUUUGUCGAUUUCAAUCCUGACACUCCCAUACGCGAGGUACCUACCCCUGCGUGGUGAGCUGCACUGGUGGUGCGGAGCCAUCGUCCACUGCGGGGACUGCGCAUCGUGUCGGAUACAACUACAGCACAGCAGGAGGUUUUAAUAGUGGUCUUGCAACGUCGUCUGGAGCCACCUCUAGCUCCUCCAGCGCGUCAUCCUCCUCUGCGCGCUGCGCAACAAAUUUCUACCGCGGUGGAGCCAACACUCACCCACCCACCGCAAACCACCUCGUUGGAGGAGGGUUUUACCAGGACGAGCAUGCUGGCGGGGUACUUUUGAAACCAGGACAACUGCCUGGCAGCGGUGCACAGCGGCAACCUCUUAGUUCAGGGUGCAGUGGACGAGCGGAUCGUGCUGGUCCGUCGACAGAAGCAGCAACGGGAAAAAAUGGGGGCAGCGCGGGCGGCGGAACCGUGCCUGUAGCAGGUGUGCAGCCCAAACUGCUCGCCACAACGCCCACGACCUCGCUGACGAAGCCAACGCUAUGGACGCCAAACCUGCGCGCCGCUUUCCAGCCCGUCAGUGCAACGCAAAGAUCUGGCUCUUCUAGAAGAGGAAGUGCGGUGAACUUAGGUAUAAGUGGUCGCGAUCUUGUUUUCUUCCUACGACGUGUACUAUUGUAGGGAAGAACAAGAUUGCUAUUGCUCCGCUGUGUGACAGAGUACCAUGCAUAAAGAAAAGUUGAUGGUUACAUUCUUUAUUCUGGUGCAAAAGUACUUACUACAAAAAUCAAACCUUUUUCAAAUGAUCUCUUUCACAGUAACCAGUCCCUCCCCGAGUAGCAUCAUUCCCGCAGCUGCGACGCCCCUGGGUCGCUGCAGCUCCGGGCCGCUGGUUGGCUGCUCUUUGGUAGGUCCACCCAGGAACAGCUACAGUCCGGCAGUUUACAAUGGGGGUUGUAGCAGUACGGUCGAUCAUGUGGAACAACAGCGAGCAGGUCCUUCAGAUGGUGGUAGUCACCAAAGCUCCUGUAGUAGUGGCAAAAAUCUCGUGCUCGCGUCCACUGCUGGCGCGAGAACGAAAAUUACUCCUCGCGGUGCUGGUCCGGAAAUAGGUGCAGGUAUCUUUGUCUCUGUUGGUUCUUUCAAUUGCGGAUGAUUUCCUUCAUGAUGCGCUGUAUUUUUUAUCCAACGAUCGCAGAUCAUCAUGAAUAUGAAACAGGAAGAACAUGAGGAAAAAACAAAGAAAAUACGCACAAAAAAAGGUCGUCCACCUUCCAGCACAGCAAGCACGAUCCAGUGUGCCCCCCAUCUUCUUCAACAAGACCCCCGCGCCGUCCUGGUCGCGCCACGCAUGGUUGCGGUUCAACAAAACAAGCAACGAGGACCUCCCAUGGCCGCGCCUCUAGAAGUACAACAACACCCCCACUGCAGCUCCGCUAUCAAAAGGAAAAAUCCCCCCUCUCCAUAUCAAAACGAAGUUUCUAAUGCUGGAUUUUUCACGUACACAAAUCAGAUUGGUCUUGCUGGAGAGGGCUACAGGCUACUAUACUUAGCCUGAGUACUAGAGAGGCUUUGGGCUAGGCGCUGAGCAUGGCAAACGCCUAAGCUGUAGGGCCAACAGCAUCAUAAACCGCCUGCAGUAUGCGACGCGGCCUAUGGGGUUGCGUUCUUGCAAGACAGAGCCGAUUUGUGGUCACAAAUCAGCACUGCAAAUUUUCUGAGACGUACUUUUUCGAUAUGGGGAGGGGGGAUUUUUCCUUGCAAUAUCCGCGGCAACUUCUUCUACCACCCUCGCGUCCGGUGCGAUAGCGAGCGAGCCGAGCCGCCUAACUCUCCAGCCCCCGCAUAAUUCCUCGUCGUCAGCGACUAUACCGGUCCGGAGCGGCGUAUGGAAGCGAAAGGAUUGAAAUCGUCAAAGUUGAAAUAAUUUGCAAUGCAUAAAACGGAUACCAGUUGGUGUCUAUUUUUCAAGCGGCGCAUGACAAAUUUGGGUAGAACCGAGAUCCAGUUUGUAUAUGCUGUUUGGGUAAGGAAGGCACCUUUUGUCAUGCUACUUUAACAGCUCUAUUACUAUUUCUACCCCUCGACAGGCUUACCAUCUGCCUCCCUUGCCUACUCUGCAAGACAGGCACUUUGUGGGUUGCAUUUUAUGCAUCACAAACUAUUUCAAGUUUGACGAUUUCAAACCUGACGCUUCCAUACUGAGCGCGCGGCACCGCGGCAUCAAACUCGAACGACUACAACUUCUCCCCCUUCUAUGCAAGAAAAAAACUGUGUAAGUGUAACUCUGUAAUGCAGAACAUGCAACAGAGUUACGCCUGUCAUGCCAGACAACCAUGAAGUCCUCUUUUCAUGUGUGUUUUCCCUUACAAGCCACGCAUGACAGGUUUUCUCUGUCAUGUAGAGCAAACUUGUGAUGCUGUCAGCCAAAGAAAGUUACACUAGCACAGUUUUUUUCUUGGAUACCUUCGCACGGACCUCAAACUGCGCCGCUGUGCAGCCCGUUCGUCCAACCACGGGUGGUUCAUCCGCGGUGGAGGGGACUUCUGCUCGGCCGCCGGCGAGGAUGAUGAAGAUGGAGGUGCAACUACAGGAUGAGAAGAAAUUUGAAGCCUCUAGUUGUACUCAGCCACCGUCAAUGUCAAAUUGUCGUACUAAAAACGCCGGAGACGUCCAAGUUGUCGUACCUGCUCCACCACAUCUGCACAAGAACCCGCUCUUCCUCCGCAAGGAGCGGUCCCUGGCGACCUUCGACCACGUGAAAAUGCAGGUUCCUGGCUGCCGGCAGAACUUCCAAAACGACCAUCAAGCGGGGUUUUUUAACCGAUAUGCAUUGCAAAUUUCCACCCUGGGUCAUGUCUGAAAGGUGGCCACUUAGGAUGCGGAUUCUCGAAUAAAAAAAGAUAAACAAAAAUUAUCUGUGUUGCAUAGAUAGUUGUCAGCAAAAGAGGUCAGAUUCUUGGGUCAAGGACCGGGCAUGAUUUCUCAUGCAGACUAGACAUGGACGAGAGGCGUUCGCAGAAUUUGUCAUGCUUUGCAUGCAUUGCAGACCUUCUUUCGGAUGCAAAGCCCGCAUGACAAGUGUCUGCUCUUUUUCAGAUCCAGACAUGUUUGCACUGGAUAGCUGGCGCUGGACGACGAUCUGCAGUAUCGCAAGCAAAAACUGUUCCACUGUAAACUUGUGAUGCAGAAAAUGCAUCGCAGAAGUGUUUGUGUUGCUACACAUGCAAGACAGUAGAUUUUUAGCUCUGUUUUCUCUUAGGAACCUUGCAUGGCAAAUAUCCCCCGUCAUGUAGAACAAACUUGUGAUGCAAGAGCCUGCAAAAUCCUUACAGUGGAACACUUUUUUCGUACGAUAUGCAGCAAUUCAUCUUCUGUAUCCCGUGCAAUAGUAUCGUACUCGUACUGAAUCGCAGCCCUGCACUACAAAUCUUUUUCUCAUGGGAAAUCCGCAUUAUGCUCAUGCUAAGCAAAUGAUUAUUUGCGUUGCAUUUUUUUAGAUUACUACUAGUAAGAUACUUUUGCAAUCCAUAUUCUACUCGGGAGAACAAUUUUUUGGAGUCGCAGCAACUCGGGAGUCCAUAUUCUACUCGGGAGAACAACACGCACGCUGUCGUGGAGCAGAGUCGAGGUGCUCCUGCAACAUCCUCAUCAAGCAGCGGCCAAACGACCGGACAACAUUCCGUUGCCUCCACGACCACAGCGCGCCUUUUAUCAAAUGCAAAAAUGUCUGGGUCUGGAACAAUGCGAGUUUGUCAUGCUUGUCUGGCAUGACUCGAGAAUCUGUGUUGCAUAGGCACGAAAAGGCCCUCUUCCCUGUCAUGCAAAAACGCAGUUUGCCAUGCGGAAUACGUACUACAUGGCAGCCAAAAAAAUUUGUCAUGCAUAGCUGCGUAUUGCAGUGCGUCUAUCAUUCACUUUUAGCAUUACAAAAUUCCAGACCUAGAUAUAUUUGCAAUCCAUACCUUUCGUGUGUAGGCCAUCCCCAGUCCGCGUCUUUUGUGAUGCCGCCGCCGAGAAGUGCUACGCCCUCGCUUUUUGCCGUUUCAUCAUCAAGAACAACGACGGCCAGAACAAAUUGUGUUUCUACACAAAAAAUGCUUUUGAUGCAAAGUGGAAAAACAGGAGCUGGGACGAGGUGUAACUUCAACCGGUCUUCAGCGGGCCAGAAGAUGACGCGGGAGGAAGAAAAUUUUCAGGAGGGCGGGACGAAUCUUUAUGCUAGUAGGAGCAACUACGACAUGAUCAUAAACCACAAAACCAAUGUGGGCAAUUCUACAACCACCUUUUUGAGGAGCAACCAGUGCUUGUCGCCCAGCGAAAACAAGACAAAAAUCACCAGCGGGUCUUCUGCUUCCACCACGAACGCGAUGAACCUCCCUCUUCAGGGUUGUACUAGCAGGAGCGCAACAAGCCAAAUACACCUCGUCAAAGAAACAGGAGACUGUGAGGACGCCAGCAGUAGAUCAGGAACGACGAAGAUGAUGAAGAAAUUACAGAGAACCAGCCGCGGAUCAAUCAUUCAUCUGGAAGAUGAGCCGGAUCUUUGUGGAGACGAAGAUGUCUUUGAAAACGUACGUUCUUCUGGUGGCAGGAGUAAAAAUAAUGUUCGUAACGUGGACGAAGAAAAUGACAAAGAGAAUGUCGACUUGAUAUGAAAUGCAAAAGCAUCGUACUAGUAUAAAUCGCGUGACAAGAAAUUCCCUCAGCAUGUUGACGAAUAAAAUUUGUAGUGCGGUUUUCCCUUAAGAAAAAGAUUUGUAAUGCUGACUGCGAUUACUACGAGUACGAUACUUUUGCACAGGAUACUUGAACAAUUCCAACCACAACUGCGACCAUCAAAGUGGAGGUCAAGUUUCGACAUCUUCCCAGCACGCCCUCACGAAGAGAGCUGGUGGAGGGAAGAGCUGCGACGUCUUCAAGCACUCGUUGGGUAAGGAGUCUUCGUGUCAUGGCGGCUCUACUGCCGCGACAACCACCAAUAGUACUACCGCGACGUCGACAAGUUCCUCAAGCCACAAGACCAGCGCAAGAAGGUAUCUGGGGCAAAAACGUUCCCACCCCAUAGUCAAGAUGGGAAACUUCUUGGUAGACAAAUCGACAGGCUUUGGAUGUUGCGCAUGACAGAUUUGGCCUUGUAGUGUGAUCCUGUUUAGCUAGUUGAGCAGCAUCACAGGGCUAGCCGAUCAUGCUGAUUGGAGCAGGAGAAACUUCGAAACAAGACUAGAAAAUGCUUCUCAUGGGACUCGGGAUGAGAAACAUUUCUACCACGCAGAUUCGCAUUGCAGCUAUGGAGUCGUGGGGAUGUUUUUCCGUAGGAUAGAAUGGGAUCGAGGAAAAGGAUGAAUGGAGUUCCUACAACUUCCCCGCGCCCGGAUAUGGCGGAAGCGUCAGGGUGGGAUUUUGCAAAAUGGAAAAAUAAAUGUCUUGUGAUGCAGAAAUAAAUUCACCAUGUGCAUGAAUGUCCAUGCGGGACACCUUCUGGUUCUACCGCCAGUCAUCUUGCAGGGAAGGCAAAGGAGGCACAUUGUAAGCGUGACGACUCUCUCUAUCCGCAUGGAACGGGUUCGGGUUCUUGUUGAAGAGCAUCCCAGGAGCGGCUGUCUUGGCGUUUCCGCUAUGUUACUUAAGUAUUUACAGCAUCACAGAUUGAGAUUCUCGAAAUAAGCGAGCUUUGUCGUGCGCCGCUUGGUAGAAAAAAGAAAUUGCAGGUGAGACUAUCGAUUUUUUCCGCUUCUUUGUCAAAGACUUCCCACCUGCUGACGCUGUCAUACUAGCCUCGGUCUACGACAUCGAUCGCCAGAUGCUCUUGCAGCAGUCAAAUAAGGAAAGCGCGGCUCUUAAUACUGCUGAAAAAAGUCGUCACGCCAGCGGCACGAGCACCACGCCGGCACUAGCUACAGCUACCAGUGCGACGAGUGGGGCACUAGGUUCUGCGAGGCGGUAAGUGGGUGAGAUUUGAAGAGCUUGUCGUACACUGCGAUAAGUAUCCAUAAAUUUUUCUGCGGCGUAAUAUCGCAAAAACCACGUCGCUGUGUAUAUAAAGUUGCAAAGGAGCAAGUAAAGCUUUUUUAUGCUUGUUACCGCUCUCCUUGACGUUGACGUUGAGACAUCAGAGUAGCGAUUCGUGCAAGUAGUAUGCUCAGCGGGCUGCUCUGCGUGGUCCGUACAACUCUCAUCCACUGAACAUUUGUGUGGAAGCUGCGGAACCCCUCAAUUUGUUUUUUUGAUCUUUGAUGUAGAAAUCCAAAUCAUGCGCAUUCGCCCAUGCAGCGCUCUUUAUUCCUGUCAAGAAUUUGAAUUUCAAUUUGCUAAAAGUAAAAAUCCGAAGUUUUUCCAGUACUUACACACAGACAAGCCGCUGCUCGGAUCAGGGCACAGGCAAGUGGGUGGAUAGGUACUUCUAGAGGAUUAGUAGGAAGAAUCACCAGCGUGCCGUGUUGAGUUUUAGACAAGAUUUUAAGAUUACCCGCAGGUCUUUUUGUAUGAAAAAAGUGAAUACAACUGCUAGCAAGAAGAGUCAAUGAGCAGCCUGUAAAGCGUAGGUAGUGCCUCUCUUAUUGCGGACUCAGGCUUUAUUUGCAGCGCUCUUCUACCCAUGAUGAUUUUUUCGAAAGCGCGCGUAUGCAAAAACGGACAUAGAAAGUCAUAAUGACCCAUGAAAACACUAGAACAAAAAGAAGCACGAGGCAGUCAGCUUGUGUAUGAGUGUGGGUCUUGUAGUACUUCUACAUCAUGCUGAAAAAAAAUUCGUACUUACCUACUAUGGCAGCCUCGCGUGCUGGGCGAAGUUCUGACCCGUGAGAG